GUCAUCAGCAGGCCCAAGAAGAAGGUCUACCACCGGGUUUCUGAUCUCGACAGGGUGAUGGAGCUUCGUAAGAAGCCCUCCCUCAUUCUGGAGCUCUCCUCCAUCAUCCAAUCCCACAAGACCCAGUCCCUCCUCCUCCGGGACCUUGAGAAGAAUGUUGGCUUUGUCCGCAAAUGGGACUUCAUGGCCCUCAUUGAAAGGUACCCGACCAUCUUCCGUGUCUCCGGAUCACCUCCUUCCGUGUCCCUCACCCUUAAGGCCCAGAGUGUUGCCCAGGAGGAAGCCCAAGCCAAGGCCCUGAUGGAGCCCCUCUUGGUUAAUAAUCUUAGGAAGUUGCUGAUGCUGUCUGUUGAUUGCCGGGUACCCCUGCAGACUCUCGAGUUUGUUGGGCCUGAAUUGGGCUUGCCCUGUGAUUUCAGGGAGUCUUUGGUUCCUAAGUACCCUCAUUUUUUUUCAGUGAAGCGUGUUGCUGGGAAGGAUUGCCUUGAGUUGGAGGAUUGGGACUCCUCAUUAGCUGUCACUGCCAGGGAAGCUAGGUUGGCACAGGAAGGAGUUCUGAGCGCGAACCAAAGUGGGGUUCGGAUAAAAGUAAGGAUUUCAAAAGAUGGCAACUAUAUGGGUCCCUUUGCUUUCAAAAUGAAUUUCCCUCCUGGUUUUAGGCCGAACGUUAGUUACCUUGAGAAUCUUGAGAGGUGGCAGAGGAUGAAUUUUCCUUCUCCUUACUUGAAUGCAAGGAGGCUUGACCCUACUGCUCUGGAAACCCGAAAGCGUGCUGUGGCUGUGAUUCAUGAGCUCCUUAGCUUGACCAUGGAGAAAAGGAUGACAUCUGUGCAGCUGGAUGCAUUUCAGGCCGAGUGUCGUUUGCCGUCUAAGUUGCUGCUUUGCUUGAUAAAGCAUCAUGGGAUAUUUUACCUUACAAAUAAAGGUGUGAGAAGUACGGUCUUCCUCAAAGAUGCAUACCUUGGUUCAAACUUGAUAGAUAAGUGUCCUUUGUUACGGUUUAAUGAUAAGUUUGCGGCCCUCUCUGGUAGAACAAAUAUGGAUCUGUGCAACAGCAACAGUUCUAUAGGGGCCAUUGUUUAGUAGUUUUUUUGGUUGUUCACGGUAUCUCUCAAUCCGGCAGGGCAAUGACUAAUUCGCUGCGGAUCGGAGCUCCAUUUAAUAUUUUGCCGCUUGCCAAUGAGUUGUCAUAUGCAUAAGGCAAGAUUGGAACCUUUUAACACUUAAGCAGACUAGUGAACUAACCACUAGUUUUAUUUUUUUGACAAGAGUUAGUUCCGUUAUUUAGAAGUUUUGGAUUUUCAGAAAGCACAAAUAUUGCACAAAUAUUGCAUAUGUAGAAACUAACAUUGAAAUUUAUAUGUUGUAGCAAAAAAGAUAAAAUUACAGUAUUCCUCUUAUAACAUUACAUAUUCUUUUUAUGGAGUUAAAAUAAGUGUUAGGUCCUUGAUUAAAUUGGUUAUCUUUAGCCCAAUAACCAAACUUGGCUUAAGGCCAAGAAAUGGGUUAGGUGCUGAGUGUCUCCAUGUUAGGGUAAUAUAAACCAUGUACCAAAUCUUUCUUGUUUUCACCUUACCUCCAUUAUAAAUUUGUAAAUUAGAGCACAUUCAUUCACGUUUCAAUUUUAUCCAAACUUUCGAGAUCUAUAUGCCUAAUCAAAACCAUUACCUAAUUGAAGGGAACCACAUCUGCACAUCACAAUCAUCACCAUGGUCGUUUUCUUUCCAUAUUUCAUCCAUUUCGUAAUAUCUCCAUUUGUAAUUUUUAACAUAUUAAAAUAUCUUAUGCAGCAUUGAUUUCUUUUUUCCAUAUUUACUCUAAUAAUAGCAAUGUAAUUUCUAAGAAAGGUUGUAAAUAUAUUAUUAAAUAAAAUUUGUCUUUUUAUAUGGAUAUUAGAACA